GCGCGAAAUUACAGACAUGCGCACUGACGUUAAUAUUCCAAUCAGUUUGACAACAGUCAAGAAGUUCUUCUAGAUGAAUUUAACCUCCUACGUAUUUUAUUGAAAAAUUCUUAUUUUAAGUGAAAUUGUUCCUUAUUUUUUAUUGAAUCGAUAUUACACAUCAAAAAUGGCAGCACCAGAGGCGAUACAAGUCAGUUCUCUUCCUCUACCUCCAGUUCAGUAUAUUAAUUUGUAUACAGAUGAAAAUGUUCGUCGAGGCAGAACACCAAGGCCACCACCGCCAAUACACGAUACUUAUUCGAUGUUUGGAAAUGUAUUUAACGCUGAUGAUACAAUUAUUAGACCUCUCGAAGCUCAAGGAAUUAAAAGGUUAUAUCCUCAACAUUUCGAUCGACGACGAGAGUUGAAAAAAUUGAACCAUUCAUUGCUUGUUAAUUUUUUGGAUCUAAUAGAUUUGCUCGUACAGUGUCCUGACAGUCCAAGACGUGCAGAAAAAGUGGAAGAUCUUAGUUUAUUAUUUAUUCAUAUUCAUCACUUAUUAAAUGAAUUCAGACCACAUCAAGCUAGAGAAACAUUAAGAGUAAUGAUGGAAUUGCAACGUAGACAGCGUAUAGAAACAGCACUUAGAUUUCAGAAACAUUUAGAAAAAGUCCAAGAAAUUUUACAACACGCAUUACAGAUGUUACCAGACACUUCAGAAUUGGAUUCUAAAUUAGCAAUAAAUACAGAUGCUAUGGAAUCUGUUGAUAAUUUAGGUUCUGAACAGCAAACUCCAGAUCCAUGUAAUCCAUGUGACCGUAUUAUGUGCAAAACAAUAGAUGAUAUGAUCUCAACGAAUGGAUUAUAUUAAAAUUUCUUUUUUAAGGACAUAUUGUAAAAAUUAUUGUAAUUAUAAUUGUAAGAUAUAUUGUAAUAAUAAUUCUAGAAGUGUAGUAUAUUUAUUAAACAACAGGUACAAAUCUUCUGUACAAUUUAUCUGUUUCUAUUACAUAUAUUAAAAAGACAUAAUAUAAUUUAAAUCAAUAGUUUUUAUUCUUCUAAUAAUAUUGCAAUAAAUUUACUAAAGUAAUGUUUACAUAUUUGAAAUCAUAAUAAACAAAAAUAAUAUUUUUAAAAUGUUACAAUAUAUUAAUACAUACAAGUAAAUUUUUAUAUAAUUAUGUAAUUGACAAAUUACAAAACAUUUGUAUUAAAUAUUAAUUAAAACAUAUAAAUAUUCGAUAAUUGUAAAUUUUUCACAAAUAGUUUAAUUAACUGUGUAAUAACACUCGAUAUUGGGCAUAAAAAAUACAACAUAUAUUAUGCAAUAUUAUUAUUUAUUAAAUUAAAUGAUAAUAUAUUCAUGAA